CCACUGAGGAGCUGAAGGAGAAGCCAGAAGUGGACCAGAGGGAGGCCAGUCUGUCUGCUGUUCCGAGACCAGAUGGAUUUUAAGGCAAAUCUCAAGGGUGUCAAAGCCAAGACGGAGGAGGAACGUAAGGUGAACAGCUUGCCUCAGGUGGACUUCCGCGCUGUGCUGGCGAAGAAAGGUGGAAGUGCUGCAAACAACAGCAAACCUGCCGAGACGCCCAAAAAGUCCAACAGCGCUGAUUUCCGCUCUGUUCUGGCCAAUAAGAAGAAAAACGGGGAGAGCGGCAAGGCGGCAGUGAAGAACUGCGUGGAUGGAGAUGUUGACGGAGGAGGCGGGGGUCAGCCUCCGGAGUUCGUGGAGAAGCUGAGUGACACCACGGUGCUGGAAGGACAGCGACUCCACCUCCAGUGUCGCCUCAGGAACUUUGACCCCGAGGCCGCCGGUGUCACCUGGACGCUGGACGGGAAACUCAUCAAGCCGUCCAAGUUCAUCAUUCUCACCACUGAAGGUCAGAGGUCAUGUACGCACGCACAUAUGCACGCACCCGCUGAGUCUGAUGUCGUAUAUCUUUAAAUAUUUUCACAUUCCCUUUAUAUUUCAC